GGGCGAAACGAUAGUUGCCAAAAUUUUCGUAAACGUGAAUGUAAACAUGGAUUCAUCCAACAAUACGGACACAGGUGACACAGGCUCGAAAGGUGCGAAUUCAACAGUUGCGCAUAUUCCACCGCGAAUCUCAAUGAUUAGUACGGCUGUGUCAUUUCUGCAAAAUCCAAAUGUUGCACGAAAUUCACUGGUGCAAAAGGAGAAAUUCCUACGUUCGAAAGGUCUUAGCGAUGAAGAGAUUCAAUUGGCCUUUCAACAAGCUGGCAUUUUUACCAAAGAUCCAAAUAACACCAUCAUCAACAUGGAAAUUGGCCACCGACCACCACCCGCUGUUCAACCGCUAACUCAAGCCACACUUUCGCCAUUAUAUCGUUCACCCGAUACGGCACUUCAGAAAUUUUACAACAUCAUUAGCUCGACUGCCAUGGUGACGGGUAUUGUCUAUGCUAUUUAUUAUGUGUACAAGAAAUUCAUUGAGCCAUUCCUGUUUGGACGAAAGAAGGACAGAAAAUCCACCAACGAUUUGAUCGAGGAAUUGGAUACGAAAAUGGACAAAAAUAUUCGAAAGCUCAACGUUGAAAUGACUGCAUUGAAAGAAGAGAUUCGGUCAUCGUAUAACGGUGAUCAUCUGCUACGUCAAGACAUGUUAUCGUUUAAAAAUGACUUGGACGCAAUUAAAGGCCUACUCUUGAACAGGAAACAAUUCGCCAGCCCGGUUGUGCCACCAUCGAUCCCAGCAUGGCAACUCCAAUCGCAACGAACCAUGUCGAAUGUCGCUGAAGCCAGUCAACACACCGACAGCGAUAAGAAUGACGACAACGGUUCGGCCGAUGGAUCAGGCGGAUCAAGCGAAACUGAAGUGGUUACCAAACAUAGCGACAGCAGUCUUGAAUUAUUGUAAUUAUCAAUAAAACCCAUACACACAUCACAUUUUUUUAUUGUAAUCGUCUUCGGCCAUUCUUCUCAAAUCUCUUGCUCUUUUUCUAGAUCUUAAAUGCAGCUCAUGCAGCAUCAUUCCAAUGACUAUUGCGACUGUUUAGCUAAAGAAAAUCUCAUGCAAUUUUGAUAGGAAAAAGACGAAGAUUGUAAUAUUUUCAAUAUUUUCCAUUUCUCGAAGAUUGUCAUACCUACUCCUUUGUUACCUUCCGUAUUUGGUCAGAUCGAAAUAUGUGAAAUAUUCAAACAAACCAGAUAUAUUUUACAAAUCGGGCUUUUUUAAACUCUUUUUUGCUGUAAUUUUUAUUCCGUAGAUGGUGGUUUUUUUGUUUUUUUUUUUAAAUAAUAUAAUUGAAUUGAAAAAAUGGAGAGAA